AUGGCUUCUUCUAAGAGAUGGGCUAGCCUCAUUUGCUCCAUUGCUUUUUCAAUCUAUUUCUUUAUCAUCAUUUUUCAAGUACCCAUUUUCAGUGUUCCAUGUAGAACAGGAAUUUGUGAGACACCACUAGAAGUGACAUCUUCUCAGUUAAUUGCAAGUGAGAUUUUCCCUCGUUUUAUAGUGAAGGUUCUUCUCUACCCAGGAGCUCUUGCAAAGGCCAUUUGCAAGCACAAAACCAUCCCAAGCUUUGGAAAUCUACUAAAGUUGUACAAGUUCAAUACAAGAGCAAUCACUUCCACAUCAGAUCUCCAACGCCUUGAGGUUCUAGCAGGAAGCUAUUUGUCUGUGGCAGGAGCAAUCAUGGGUCUGAUAAAAUCAGGAAAAAUGAGCCUUUUUGGAAUACUUCUUCUUAUGUGGGGUCUGAUUAGAGAGUCCAUUAUGGGAAAAUCUAGUUUCACUCAUGCAAAAGGUAUCCAUAUCUAUCCAGCCAUGUAUAUUGCACUAAUCUCAGCAUUCUUCUCUAUCAGAAAGGAUGUCAGGAAGAUAAUUCGUAGCUUCACUCGAAAGCAUGUUGUGAAGGGAAAACGUUUCUAG